GCGGCAAUGAUGGCUGAGGAGCUGAAGAAGGAGCAGGACACCAGCUCUCACCUGGAGAGGAUGAAGAAGAACCUGGAGAUCACAGUCAAGGACCUGCAGCACCGCCUGGAUGAGGCUGAGAAUCUGGCCAUGAAGGGAGGCAAGAAACAACUCCAGAAACUGGAAUCCAGGGUGCGUGAGCUUGAGACUGAGGUGGAGGCCGAGCAGAGAAGAGGUGUAGACGCAGUAAAGGGAGUCCGCAAGUAUGAGCGCAGAGUCAAGGAGCUCACUUACCAGACUGAGGAGGAUAAGAAGAACGUUGGCAGACUUCAGGACCUGGUAGAUAAGCUGCAGAUGAAAGUGAAGGCCUACAAGAGGCAUUCUGAGGAAGCGGAGGAAGCAGCAAACCAGCACAUGUCUAAGUUCAGGAAGGUUCAGCAUGAGCUGGAGGAGGCUGAGGAGCGUGCUGACAUCGCUGAGACUCAGGUCAACAAGCUCAGAGCCAAGACCCGUGACUCUGGAAAGGGAAAAGAAGCUGCUGAAUAAACAAGACCAAAGUAUUGAAGAUUAAAGUCUUACCAUUUUCCUGUGUUUCAUAAAAUAUGAUUUUCAUGGUGAAAUGUUGAGCAUUGAUUAAAAACAUGUAGGCCUACAUAA